AUGUCCUGGUAUUCACAUCACUCAGGGGCGGCCGUCGAGGUCUCCUCGUCCCAAGACGACCUCUGGGCUGGUCCGUCCAACAUGGAGAGAAGCACAUCUCAAUCGACGAGUCGCACGGCCGACAGCAGUUAUACAGCCACCUCGUACUCUUCGGGGUGUUACUCGACUGGCUACUCGUCGGCCGGUCCGUCGCCCAUUACAGACGGCGUCCUUUUGGAGCACACACAAAGUGCAUACCCAACCUCAUAUCCUGAAGCCCACGACACGGCCCACCUCCUUUCCGCGCUCGGUGCCCAAUACCACCAUGCGGGCCAACAACUCCCUCAGGAACUGCAGUUCUGCAGUCCCCUGCAGCACUUCGACGGGAGGAUGGGCAGCAUCGAAGACGCCGCAAGACAGGCCACCGAGAUCGCGCGUUCUCUGAUCGCCAAUGAACGAGCGCUCGGUCCGUACGAGCUGGGAGUCGUCACAUUCCAGGCAGUCGAGGAAGCUCGCCAGCGGCUCGAGAAGCAGGGUCUCGAGGCAUCGCCCCGGGCUGCGGUGCAGAGGGUCGUCUACGAGCUGCUCCACCGUCAGUUGAACGACGCGGACGGCUGCUACACCGACGCGAACCUAGUCCUGGAGGAAGCGGCGUACCAGUUGCAAGUUCAGGUCCAAGGAGAAGAAGCACUCGACAUCUGCUACCUUGCCAUUGUGUCGGUUCUUGCAGAGCUGAGGGCGGACUUGGAAGCCGAGUGCUACGGGCCAAGCACAAGCACAAGCACAAACACAAGCAUGAGCACAGCGGAAACGUCCAGUUUCCAUCCCACAACGUCAGUCGCACGGCCGUCAGCACAAAAGGAGAGGUACCGAUGUCGCCAUCCGGGUUGUCGGGCGGGAGCCAGCCGGCCGGCUGACCUCGAGAGACACUAUAAAGUCCGGCAUGAGGAGGAGGACAAGAAGACGAAGUACUUCUGCGACUACAAGAGGUGCAGUCGUCACAAGACCCCUUUCUUUCGCCAGGACCACUUCCGGGACCACCUCAGGACCUAUCACCAAGAAGACCUGCUGCGCAGGGGCAACAAGGGCGACAAGAAGUGGUGGGAUUCCCGCGCCCCCCACGCGGUGAACGAAGGCUGGUGGCGCUGCGGUCGGUGCCUCGGACGAGUCCGCCAGGCCAAGCACGGCUUUGUCUGUCCCGGCUGUGGAAGUCCUUGCGAGAGCGAACGCCAGAGAUACAGACUGGAUGGCAAGGUCUGA